UUCUGUUAUCAUGAACGGCUUUCUAUCGCUGGUAACUGUCGUAUGUGUCUCGUCGAAGUUGAGAAGUCCAUAAAGCCUGUGGCUAGCUGUGCCAUGCCAAUCAUUCCUGGAAUGCGAAUUAAUACAGAUUCACCCAUGACUAAAAGAUCUCGCGAGGGCGUGAUGGAAUUUUUAUUGGUGAAUCAUCCUCUUGACUGUCCGAUUUGCGACCAAGGCGGCGAAUGUGACCUGCAGGAUCAAUCGAUGGUUUUCGGCUCUGAUCGUUCGCGUUUCACGGACAAUCAUUUUAUUGGUAAACGUGCCGUUGAGGACAAGAACAUUGGUCCAUUGAUCAAAACAGUAAUGACACGAUGCAUUCAUUGCACUCGUUGUGUAAGGUUUGCUAACGAAAUUGCUGGCAUUCCGGUUUUGGGCACAACCGGAAGAGGUAGUGAAAUGCAAAUCGGUACUUAUAUUGAGCGGAUGUUUUUAAGCGAGCUUUCAGGAAAUGUAAUCGAUCUCUGUCCAGUCGGAGCUCUUACCUCCAAGCCUUAUGCAUUUACAGCUAGGCCCUGGGAAACACGAAAAAUUGAAUCAAUUGACGUAAUGGAUGCUAUGGGGUCGAAUAUUAUAAUAUCAAUGCGAACAAAUGAGGUUCUUCGAAUCAUGCCCCGAUUAAAUGAGGUAAAUUAUUUUAAUAAUUUGCCUAAUGUUUUUAGUUGUUUAUUUUAUUUUUUUAUUCGAUUUAUAUAA